CGAGAAAUAUUUGUUGGACUUACGGUUUCUCACCGAAAGAGAAUCAUAAAAUAUACAUGUGAGACAGUAAAAGGAAAAUAUGCAUACAUAAUGGUAGUAGCCAUCUAUCAUACUAGAGAUGUCUCGGGAAUGGAACAUCAUGGGGAAAGCUUGGAAACAUCUUGGUAAGUGGUAACGUUUCAAGCUAGAGGGUACAACAAGUAGUGGACGGGGCAUAUAGGUUAUAGAAUAUGAGGAUGUUUCAGACACAUUUUGUCUUGAGACGCAAAACUUUGAAACGGAACACAAUAUCUUUUUUUUUUUGGAACACAAUGUGUAAUCCUAAACGAGUAAAAUGAUGAGGUGUUUUAAAAAUAUUAUACACAACUAUUUUUUGUGAAUAACUGUUUCAGUUGACCCAUUGCAUCUUGUGAUUAAAAAUCAUAUCCAUUUACAGGUUUUAAUAUUCAAGAGCAAUUAUAACAUUUAGAUAAAACAAACAGAAAUCUAACUAAAAUUUCAAUUUACGAUGUUUAUCAUAACUUCAUUAUCCUCAACAUUUUUAGUAAUAAUGCCUUCAGUAAAAAAAACAUGUUUAGUAAUAUAUAUUUCUGUACCACUUGUCGCACGAAAUGAGGCGGAGUGGGAGGUCCAUUAGCCAAGGCGAUCGGGGUAUUACAAGUGGUAUUAGAUUAUCCAUCUCGGUUCUGACCCGAGAAGCGUCUUAAGAUAUGUUGUGGUGCCCAACGAGGAUGUUGUGCUCUGUGAAUGGGGUGAAUGGUAACAUCUCGAUUUCUGGUAUAUGUGGAAAGACUUAAGAGCAUUGAUUUAACUAUCUAUGUCACCAAAGUACAUUUAUCUUUUCUUGUACACAUCCAUUUAGAAUUCUAAAGUUUAGCGUGCUUGAGCUUGAAUUAUAGUAAUAGAAGGAUGAGUGACCUAUCGCGCAUGAGGCCAAAGCACAGAGAAAGGUCAUCUGGUUAUUGCAGAGUCAGUAAACAAAAAUAACGAGCCUCCAAAAAGUUAGCGCAUCACCCGUCGCAUAGAGUGAAGCCUACAAACCGAGAAAACGGAUGUGCGAGGCCCAUUAACCGUGGACGGUCGGAUCGUUACAGUGUUCUUGUGAAUGAUAUUGCUGCGCUGCUUCGAGAUGUGGAAAAUGACCGCCUGGCUGACCAGCUUGCGAAGUAGAGAACUGUCUCUUUCUCUCUGUUGCAGUAAAAGUGGUGAGAGAUAUGAUGUUUGUUCAUGAGAUUCUCUUAUCCACACUAGCAUAUUGGACCAAGUGAUGAACAAUUUCACACCGCUCUAUUGUAGACUAAUGAAGACACCAUUUUCCAUAUAUCUGAGCUGUAGUCACACCUAAGAAAAAAGUGGCCUCUUGUUUCUGAAUCCUAAGAACAAAGGCAGCAAGACAGCGAUAUUUUUUUUUGCUGAAAUGUUAACUUUAUAACAACAAAAAAAGUUUGUACAAUCUCAUGAUCCUAACUAGGGGAUCAAAAGAAAUAAGAACAAUGAAAAGAUUUCCAACCACAAGAAUGCUAUGCUUUUGUUUGAAAUAAAAGAAACAUAAGAAACAUGACAGAAGCACAAUCUCUGAUCCUCCUCGUCUUUGCGCUGAUGCUAACGAUAUUUGCAUCCCCACGCAGCUAACCUUGUCCUUUAGAUUCACUACUUAGGGUUGCCACUAAUUAGCCGAAAGCUUAAAAUUAAUGGCCAUGAUUCACAUUGGUUCAACCCUAAGGUAAAGAGUUUUGUUCUAUUCCUAUUCUCUGCCAGACCAGACCAUCUAGCAAAGUCAUCAAGACACUCAAUAAUUAUGUGUAAAAUACCAUGACAUCGUUCGUUAAAGAAUACCAUGACAUCAUUAAUAAACAUAAGAUGAUGAAUCUUUAAAGCCGCUGUUCUUAUAACAUCUACUCUAUAAUUUAUUUCAAAAUAGAAUUUGGAAUAAGAAGUGAUAUGCAACUUCACUCCAUUUGUUUGUUCCAUAAUAGUAACUAGAUUUAUUUUAUAAAUAAAGUAAUUUUUUUUGUGUGUAUUACACCAUUUUUAUUUCAAAUGGAGUAGAGUUGUAGUUAAUUUAACUCUAUUAGGAAGUUACUUCAUUUUGCAGGAAAAGAAUUGAAAUUUUCAUUGGAAAUAUACUAAGACAAGAGCCAUGAAAUGCUGUAAAUGCCAUGUAGCCUAGUUUUGAUCAUAGGGCCGACAAAAAAUAUCUGAUCAGUUAAAAAGAGAUGUCAUCGGGGAUUAGGCCCAAUAACUAAACCAGGCCCAUAUUAUCUCGGCAGCCUCUAUCCAUGUGAAUAAUGUGAGAUAUGAUCUUAUAUAAAUGAAACGAGGAUCUUGAGGGGCCCUCCUUCCAUCUUUGUAGGGUUCGUGAAAGAGGAUAAGGUGCGGUGGUGACUUUUCUACCUUUCUAGGGUUUGCUCUUUUUCUUCUAUUCACCUUUUCACUGUUCAUUAAUUUACAAGGUUUUGGUUUUUUUUUGGGAAAAUGGAAUCGAAUCUUGAAGGCAAAGAGGCCAUGGCCCAUCUGUCCGACCCGGAUCCGGAAACCAACCGGGGCAUGCUCCUGAAACAAGAAGACGACGACCCAAACAAGCAACAGGAAGUCGGGUUUUUGCAGCCAGUCACGGCUCCGAAGAGACCACCGUCAAAGGACCGUCACACGAAAGUAGAGGGACGUGGUCGGAGGAUCCGAAUGCCCGCCGGUUGCGCUGCUCGAAUCUUUCAGUUGACCCGCGAGCUCGGUCACAAAUCCGACGGAGAAACCAUUCGGUGGUUACUAGAACGGUCUGAACCGGCGAUUAUCGAAGCAACCGGAACCGGAACCAUACCGGCGAUUGCUGUAUCGGUCAACGGUGCUCUAAAGAUCCCGACCGACUCUACGCCGCAGUUUGAGAGCGACGGUGGCUCCGGGAAACGGAGGAGGAGAAACUGCACGAGUGAGUUCGUGGACAUCAACCGCCAAGACAGCUCAGUUACUUCUGGUCUAGCUCCGAUAACGGCGUCGAGUUACGGCGUUAACCUAAUGAACGUUAAUGCGCAGAGUUUCGUGCCGUUUUGGCAAACUGGGUUCGUUACUGGUGGGCCGAAUCAAAUGGGUCAUAUGUGGGCCAUACCCACCGUUGCUGCUCCAUCGUUUCUGAACGGUGGUGGUACUAGACCAGUCCCUAGUUAUGUCUCAAACACUUCGGACGCUGAGCCACAGAUGGGAACAAGCGGCGGUGGUGGCGAUGAAGGCACGACUCAAACGCUGAGGGAUUUUUCGUUGGAGACUUAUGAUAAAAAGGAGCUUCAGUUUUUGGGUGGCUCAGGGGACAACACAUCUCCGUCUUGAGACUUAGGAAAGUUAUUACUUGUUUGUCUUGUUCUUAGGGCAGUUUGAUUCUUCCUGGUUGACCAAAUGGCGUGUAAUGGAGUUGGUCGAACGACUUUAAUUAGGUAUUUAUUGGGUAUUUAAGUUACUAAGAUUCUAUUGAGUGGGAUGACAGAUUGAUAGUAUGAUAUACUCACGGGAGAGAGGCACGUGCUUCAAGGAACGUGCACGAAUUUGGUU